AUGGGUAUCAUACACGCCAAAAAUCGAGAGUCUGGGGCAUUGGACCCAGGUCCGAAUCAAGACGACGCUCGCCCAACCGUAGCUCACGACGAGGUCUUUGGCGAUAUCACAGAAGAUGGACCCAACUACCGCGAUGUUGGUUGGCUAGGCACUUCUGCACUCAUGAUGAAGACCCAAAUCGGACUCGGCAUCCUCUCGAUCCCAUCGGCGUUCCACACUCUGGGACUCGUCCCCGGCCUCAUAUGUCUGCUCGUCAUUGGAGGCAUCACCACUUGGUCUGACUAUAUUAUUGGGAUAUUCAAGCUUAACCACCGCGAGGUAUACGGUAUUGACGAUGCAGGCGGUAUCUUGUUUGGACGCUUCGGACGAGAGUUGCUUGGGAUCAGCUUUUCUUUGUGUAAGUGA